CCUUCCAUCCCGUCUCCCCCGCUGCAGCCUCCGCGGGCCGGACCGCGCAUGCGAACUAACGCCCCCACCGGCCCGGCGGAGGAGGAGGGAAUGGAAAUGAGGCUGGGCCCAGCAGCUAGCGCGCGCUCCCUUCCCUGCCCUCCCAUCUCAGGGCGCGCGCCGGGCGGUGCAGAGUCCGAAGGCAGCGCCGCAGUGGCCGCGGCCCCCGAGGGAGGGGCCCGGAGCCCCGCCCCCAGGGAGGAGCCGCCCGCAGGUCUCCCCUCUACCCUCCACGGUUCCAACUCCACGCAGGGGUUGAAAUUUAGUGACAAGAAGAAGGCAGUUCACGCGGCGUCAAUGGACUGAGACUAAGCCAAGAGCCGGGCCCUCCCUUUAGGUUUCUGGGCCAGCAAGAUGCUGGAGCGGGACGCUGAGUCUGUGGCCCGGGGCACCGAUCCUAGUCCCACUGGCAAGGAGCCUGUGACCAAAGGAGAAGGUGAGGGCGGCUCCACCGCUCCCUACCAGGGCUCGCCGCAGAAGCCCAGCCAGUUGGUUCCAGGGCCCGCCACGUCUGCGGGGGCGCCUUCCCGACCCCGCCGGCGGCCCCCGCCCCAGCGCCCGCACCGCUGCCCCGACUGUGACAAGGCCUUCUCGUACCCGUCCAAGCUGGCCACGCACCGGUUGGCACACGGCGGCGCCCGCCCCCACCCAUGCCCCGACUGCCCCAAGGCCUUCUCCUACCCCUCCAAGCUGGCAGCCCACCGCCUCACGCACAGCGGCGCCCGUCCGCACCCGUGCCCGCACUGCCCAAAGGCCUUUGGCCACCGCUCCAAGCUGGCAGCCCACCUCUGGACCCACGCGCCCACCCGCCCCUACCCGUGCCCCGACUGCCCCAAGUCCUUCUGCUACCCCUCCAAGCUGGCGGCCCACCGCCAUACGCACCAUGCCACCGACGCCCGUCCCUAUCCUUGCCCGCACUGCCCCAAGGCUUUUUCAUUCCCCUCCAAACUGGCCGCCCAUCGCCUAUGUCACGACCCCCCGACGGCACCGGGUAGCCAGGUCACUGCCCGGCAUCGCUGCUUCAGCUGCGGCCAGGCGUUUGGCCAGAGACGCCUCCUACUCCUUCACCAACGCAGCCACCACCAGGCCGAGAGCCCAGGGGAGCGGGAGUGAACCCUCCCUUUGGCUCACUGGCUCCCUGUGCUGCCAGCCCCAGUCAAUAAAGAGGUGGCAUCUCUGAGCCAGGCUGUAUGGACUUGCCUCUUCCAGGUAGCCGGAAGGGAGGUUGGCCCCCGCGCUGGACUCAGACUUAGCAGGAGGAACUCGUUUCUGGGAGGGGAAAACAUCACCCACAGAGUUAGCACGGGGCCCCAAACCAUGGACCUGGAGGUGUGGUUUGAAAGCCCUGGCUCUGGUUUUUCACACCUCUUCAUAUGGCAAAGGUUAAACAUCUGCUAGCAUCCUGUGCUGCUGAGGAGUGUGGCGAGACAGGCUCUCCUCAAUGUUGUGAGUUUAAACUAGUGCCUCCACUUUGGCCAUUGAGUGUAUGUAUAAAAAAUUUUAAAUGCACGCAUGCUCGUGUCAACGAUUCCACUUCUAGGAAUUUAUCCUAUAGAUAAGCACGUGAAAAAAGGUAUAAGAUUAAGGAUGUUCACUGCAGUGCGACGGCAGUGGCCAAAGAUGGGAAACAACCCGAGUGCCCAUCAAUAGGGGACCAGCUAACGAAUUUACAGUACAGCCAGAGAAUGGAAGAUGUAGCUGUAGAGGAAAAAAGUCAGCUCUACAUGCACUGACGUGGAAGUAUUCCCAAGAUAAGCUAAAUCAUAAAGGCAAGAACAAGGGGUGUAUACCAGUAGAGUAAAAACAAUUUGAAGGCCAAGCUUUGGAGCCAGCCCUGACCCACUAAAAAGCCGCAGGGCCUUGGACGAGCUUGUCGCUUCUCUGAACUCAGAUGCCUUAUCUAUAAAAUGGGAGGGUUUUUUGUUUGAUGCUGCGGGUUUUUAAAUUUGGCUGUGGCUUGCGGCAUCUUAGUUCCCCGACCAGGGAUCGAACCAGGGCCUCGGAAGUGAAAGCACCAAGUCCUAACCACUGGAUCGCCAGGGAAUUCCCAAAUGGGAGUAUUGUAAGGCCUUUACAAGCAACUUCUCAGGCAAAGAUGGUUCCCCUCUUGGAGCCUCUUUCUCCAGCUAUAAAACAAGGAUGACUGAGCGAACAUGGGACUGCUCUUCGUUCUACAGAUAGGAAUUAAGCAGGUACCGUGUGCCGGGCCCUGCACAGGGUGUUAGGAACACAGCAGUGAACAAGACAGACCUGGUCUAGUGAGGGAGGUGGACACCAACCAAGUAGUGGCAAACACAAAGUAAAGAAGCCAAGUCCACUUUGAACAACAAGUAUGGGAGCCUUGCCUCCCUUCAUACCAAGAAUUAUUACAAAGCUGUAGUAAUAGGACGGUGGUGCUGGCUUGGGAAUAGGCUAGUGGGAGGGCACUGAGAGCUCAGGAACAGACCUGCGCUUACGAGGUGCUAAUAGGAGGUGGUCCCCACCUGUAGAUUAGAGGUUGGCAAGCUUUUCCUAUAAAGGGCCAGACAGUAGAUCUGUUUAGACUUUGCAGGCCAUACUGUGUCUGCCACAACUACCCGGCGCUGCUGUUGUAGCGCAAAGGCAGACAC